CCGCAGCCCCACAGAUAAUAAUCACAGUUCGACAAAAUGCGUACACAAUACAGAGUGGCUGCGUUAUUCGCGUUUUUGGCGGUUAGUGCCGCAGCUCAAGGUAAUGGUGUUGGCCAAGGAGGAUUUGGAGGCCAGCAGGGCGGUCCUCAAGGAGGAUUUGGAGGCCAGGGUGGUCAACAAGGAGGAUUUGGAGGCCAGGGUGGUCAACAAGGAGGAUUUGGAGGCCAGGGUGGUCAUCCAGGAGGAUUGGGAGGCCAGGGUGGUCAACAAGGAGGAUUUGGAGGCCAGGGUGGUCAUCCAGGAGGAUUGGGAGGCCAGGGUGGUCAACAAGGAGGAUUUGGAGGCCAGGGUGGUCAUCCAGGAGGAUUGGGAGGCCAGGGUGGUCAACAAGGAGGAUUUGGAGGCCAGGGUGGUCAUCCAGGAGGAUUGGGAGGCCAGGGUGGUCAACAAGGAGGAUUUGGAGGCUUCAACAGGGCUAGAGUGGUAUAACCAAGGGGGAAAGAUUGUCUUCGCCUGUACAGUGUUUAAUUUCAAAUGUAUAUUCUUGGAGUAGUAAACUCCAACGUAU